AUGAGAAUCAGCAUGCUCCACCGGUUGAUCGCCACGGGUUGUGUUGAAGAGAUCCUUACCUACCUAGACCAUAUCGAAGACUUCUGGUCAUCCUUGGUUGGAUCGGAUCCUGUUUUAAUGAAAAAGAUUGAUCGGGAUACCAUCGAUGCACUGCAGCUGUUGGCGCCGGGGAAAUCCCGAACCGACGGAAAAACAGCCUGUGGGCGGGUCUUGAGUGGCCAGGCAUUCGCAGAAUUCAGCGAUGAAGAACGAAGGAUUAUAUGGGACCGAAUGAAGGAUUUUGACGGGCUGGUUCCGUCCUUGUACACCUUUUUUGAAGACUUCAAGUACCUGGAAAGCUGCGCUCAUUGUGUGAAGCGACUGUUUGGCCCGUUGACUGAGUCUGUCUGGGAAACUAUGAAGUCAAUUUUUAUUCCAUCCUCAAAUUCAGAAGCUGAGAGUGUUAUUCAAACUUCUGAGUCCACGUUCCGGCGUCAGCGUGCGACCGACCUGGAGCGUCUGGAGAGGGGAUACUUGCAGGUGUGGCUGUAUACAAUGCGACAUUACCCUCUGAUGCCCCCGGACCCAAAGAAGGAUGAUGACCUGUUGGCAAAGCCAGCUCGUGCCAAAGCCGAUGAGAGAGCGAUCUAUGAGAUGGCUGAACUUGCUCGCCGGCUCGGAUUCAAGUCCCCAGAAAUCGAUGCAUUAAUUGAUGGUUCCCCAGACCACCAGAUCGCACAAGCGGCUCUGCUGCAAGCCAGGAAACCUGGUCGGUUCCGAUAUGACGCCCAGCAGUUUGAUAUUUUGGUCAGUCGAAUUGUCGAUUGUUUCGCAGAGGCGGUUCCCGAUCAGCCUGACAUGGGACAUGACCUUCUUGCGGACAGCGCCAUGAAACCCCGGGCUCGCUGCGGGAUGCCAAGAAUACGAACGCAUAAGCAAGAUAGCCCUUUGCUCUUCCUGGACCGUUUACACGCCGAUGAUGCUGGGGUUAGCGACACGACCACUAGCUUUUUCGUCCGCCGCUGUGUCUAUUUCGCCUUCUUCGGAAAACCUACACAACCUGGACUUACUGACAGCGACCCGACCGGAGGGUCUCCUGGGGAUAUGCCUUGGUCGCCGUUGUUCGUCACAGAGGAUGAUCCAUCCGGCGGCCAUGGAUUUGCUAUGCAAGCUGCUUUGCCAAGGGAGCCACCCCAACAAGACCGAGAAGAGCCACAGGGCCAGCGGGCCCGACAGGAUAGGGAGCAACGUACUCUGCGCUGCCAGCAGUCACUGAGGCGCGAAAGGGGACGGGAGGUUUUGAAACGACGACGAACGCGGAAGGCUCAGAUGCGCAGACGUCAAUUGCGCCCAAUGGCCGGAAGCGACCAAGAGCCCAUGGAGUUAGAAUGGCUGAGCACGGAGCCCUCGGAUCAGGAUAUGUCCGACCAAGGACGUUCAUCCCCGGAACUUCCUAUCGAAGGUCUCCAAGAUGAAUCAAUACCGUUCGAUCCAGCGACCGCCCUUACGCUGCACUCGACACAUGGCCCUGCCGGCCCGGGAGAAGCAGAUACCUUUAGCUAUUGCACGAGAAUUUCGCUGGAAGCAACCCCGCUUGAGCGGGUCUCAGAAGACAGACCAACGGUAGAAGGCCAGAAUCAUGACGAGGGUCUUGAGGAGCAGGCGCAAGUUGAUCAUCCAUCACAGCGACAGUCCACGAAAGCUGAGGAUGGCAAUUCUUCAAGUGUUGGCGAUACAGGUGGGCAACAACCGGUCUUGGAGGAAUACCUUGACCAACUGAUGAGGGCCCAGGAAGAGCAGGAAAAGUUGGAGGCGGAGUUAGAACGUGAGCGACUCGAGGAAGAGCUUGGUCUUUCUAACCAAGAGCAGCCAGCUCCGGAUCUAUCACCUAGACCUCAAGAAGGACAAAAUUCACCAGCGAGACCACCUGACAAGCAACUGACGGAGGUGACACACACUAGGGAUCCAGAUUUAGCACAGGCUGCUCUUCCAGAACCUACUCAAGACCCUUCGCCAGGGUCUCGCCUUGAAGGACAGCCAGAGCCCCCAGCGGAGAAUCUCGAACUUGUAGCACUUACUACCCGGGAUGGGGACAGCAACCCCGAAAGUCAGAAUCCUCCAGCAGAUGAUGCUGGUCCUCUAACCAUGAUGGAAGCACCACCACCAACUCUUGUUGAGAUUUCCUUCUGGACUUUUGAACAAGAGGAGUGGAAGCAGUCAGACCGUCUCCAAGUGGAUCCUUCAGAUCCAUCGCCGGUGGAACGAGUUGCGAGGAAGUACACGUGGAAGAACUACUCCCUGUAUGAUUGGAAACUACAAAGCCUCAGCCCUGCCCAAUGUUAUCGUGCAGCCACCGUCGACGGCAAUAAUGCUAUAUUCCUGAUUUCUGAGCAUGAAGAGCAGAAGCUCGCGGCCGAGGGCCGAUUUGUCAAGGACAGGAAGCUUCUAUCGUUGGUCUCUCGAGUCCUGAAUCGGACUGAACCCAAGUCUACUACCAAACGUCACCGUCUACAGCACUGA